CCCCGUCAGGAACGCAGAAUGAGAUGCCGGGAGCUAUAGGAGCUGGUCUUGGAAGCUGUAAAGCCUAAAGAAACCAGUGGUAGCCUCUAUAUGACUUUGAGCCAUGUGAUAGACAAUUCCUGGCGAUGGAGCUCAAAGGACUCUCCAAGGCAUGUUUCUGUCUGUGAGAAUUAACUGAAGUUAUCAUCACAUGGUUCGGAAACUAGAGCAGUUCUCCUUUGGGAUAUGGAAAAAGAACUAGAUCCUACAGAUAUAUUUGCAGUAACACUUCAGAUGAGGCAACACUGAAAUGUUAACAAUGUCUUCCGUACCCUGGCUCUCAGAGAAGGAAAAGGACAGAAAGCCAGUUUUACGGCCAACAGACAAAUAUGCUGCCUACAAAGGAGGAUCACGCUAUUCUGAUGAAAAGACACACUGGGGAGAUACCCCAAGCUUCUCAUUUGAUUACUAUGAUAAGGAUACACACAGAGGAUCAGAGAUUUCACAGCAUCAACAUGAUACAGAGCUUGUGGCAUCUAAUGGCUUGAGACCUGUCAGACGGUUUAUACCUGGCUCCUUUAAGAGUUUCUUUAAGAGAAGCAGAAACAAAGGAGAACUACCUACAGCAGGGAAUUUGGAAAUUGAACACUGUUCCCCACCUGUUACCCCUCUCUUAGAUAAUACCAGCAGAGACUCCAGCCAUGAAGAUAAAAAAGAUCUUGAAACCAGUUUAUGCAGCAGCUUGAAAUGCAGUCAAGAGUUCACAGUCAAUAAGCGAACAGAUUCCUUGCAGAGGAAGAGUGAGGCAUCCACCAGUUAUGGGGAAAAGGUAGAAGCCUACAAGUUAAAAUAUUCCUACAUGAAGUCCUGGCCUGGUUUGCUCAGGAUUUUGGCUGGGGUACAGCUGAUUUUGGGUGGGAUGGCCUUUGCUUGUACUUGUGCAUAUAUUCAGAAGGACUACCAAUGGUACAACCUCUUUGGCACAGGACUCCAAAGAACUUUGCCUGGGGGUUACAGCUACUAUGGUCCAAUGACUCCUUUUGUUAUGGUUGUGACUAGUUUGGUGUGGCUCACUACACUGAUCCUGCUGGGAUUGGGUUUGACCAUGUACUACAGGACAAUCCUCCUUGACUCCCACUGGUGGCCUCUCACUGAGUUUGGCAUUAACAUUGUCAUGUUUCUUCUUUAUAUGGCUGCCGGCAUUGCCUACGUCAAUGACAUCAACCGUGGUGGCCUCUGCUACUCUGUGUUUGCUGUCAAUCCACUGAUGGUGGCAUUCUGUAGGGUAGAAGGGGGUCAGGUGGCUGCCAUUGCUUUUCUCUUCUUCAACAUGUUUCUUUACAUGGUUAGUUCCUUUGUAUGUCUCAAAAUGUGGAGACAUGAGCAGAGGCGCAGGACAGUUGGAAAGGUACAGAGAACGGAUAGGCCAAAGCGGAUAAUGUUCCAAGAUGAAGUUGAACAUUUGCGGGCUGCCAAGGGAAUAGUCACCAAGACCAUUCACUUCUCAGAAAAAGGCAGUGACACUGGACCACUAAAUCGAUCUAUUCCAUAUGGACACAGACCAAAGCCUCAUGUGCUACCAGAUUAUGUGCUGAAGUAUCCUGAGAUUCGUACUGCUGAGGAAAGGGAGAGUUACAAGGCUGUGUUUAAUGACCAGUUUUCAGAAUAUAAGGAGCUGCACGCAGAGGUUAAAGCAGCCAUGGCGAAAUUUAAAGAGCUGGAUAUCAUGAUGGAUAAACUGACAAGGGGGCCACAAAGCAAGACGGCUCCAGAGAGAAUCCAAGUCAUUGCACAAAAAUAUGAGAAAAAGAAGAACGACCCAACAUUUAUUGAGAAAAAAGAGCGCUGUGUCUACUUGAAAGGAAAGCUGUCCCACAUCAAAAAGCAGAUUCAGGCAUAUGAUCUGCACCAGGGAACUGUAUAUUUCUGAGACUUAAUUUAUUGAAUUAUCAUAAUUUUACAAUCUGCGGUUUGGUUAUCUACCACAAAUGAAAAACACGUUAAGAGAGAUGGAUGGGCCUCAGACCUAUGAGCCGGAAGUCUGGAUUGUGCCAGGAAGAUAUUAUUGACCUUUUUGACACCAACUUCCUGCACCACAUUUCAACUGUAAAUUUAUGGACAGGCAUACAGUAGUUGGUAAAAUACCUAGUGAUCUCCAAGAAAAAGCUAAAAUUGUUAUAUUAAAGUAGGAUCAUUUUACCCAACAAAGAAAAAUCUUCAUUUAUUAGACAAAAAAAGUAGCAGUGGAAAAUGUAAAAUUCACGUCAUAUGGCUCAUGGGUAAAUUGAGUGUGAAAUGCUCCAUCUGUACCGCUGACACAUUUUACCUUUUUCCAUGGAAUUUCUGUCAGUUUACCCAGCAUGUCAGGUGGUUAUAGCAGCAUGGUGGUGAACUACAAGUAUUGCAUACUGUUUGUAUUCCAUGCUAAUGCUAUUGUGCUGAGUUACAAUGUUGGCCGUGAGCAGGCAUUCAAUAGACAGAGAACAACUGACCUUCUCCUUAUUUUAAAGUGGACUUUAAACCAAAAACUAUUUGUAAUAUAUAUGAAUUAAAUAUUUUCUAAGGUCUUAUUAGUUAUUUGUAAAUGUAAUUACAGUUAAAAGUAAUAUGCUUUUCUGUUCUUGCCCUCUAGUUCUGCCUCCAUUUCUUUUAAGCUGCUGGCUUCUGAUACAUUAUUUUAGCGAUUAGUGCCAGAAGUGCACAGCAUAUAAACAGCAACAAAGAUGCUGCUUUCAGUAAUAAUUGUAUAUACAUACAGGUAUAUAUGUAAUACCAUUAAAAAUGUUAAUUACUGUAUAGUGGAAAGCUGUUUAGUUUUUGGGUGGAGUUGUUCUUUAAGAGCCAGUCCUGAUCUACCCACCCACUCCCUGCACAGAGAACUGUGACUUUACCAUUGGUCUGGGGCACCGCUAGCAGGUUAGUCACUAAACUGCUAAAAUUUAGGGGGAUGCAAAAAGCUGUGCCCCCUUAAUAUAUGAGCCCCCAUAUGGCUUGUCUGCAAAGGAGAAUGCUGUUAGUAAUGUUAGCACUUACAUAUGUUUUUAUUAACACAAUAUGAAUAUUUUAACCAUGCAUAACUUUCAUAUAACACUUCUUGGAAAAAAUACACAAAUACAGCUAUUUAACAGAAUUUGCGAGCCCAUCUAAUUUCACAUUUUCCUUUUUCCUGCAGCGAUAUGCUUAAUAUUUAUUCAAAUUGUUUGAGGUACCAUGUAGUGCAGGUUUUCUCCUGUGUGUUAUGUAUGCCUUGAAAUUUCUAUCACUGAAUCACUAAAAACAUGCUCAUAUUCGGCCAUGAAA